UGUAGUAUAUAGCCUAAAGUGAAAGUCGGUUUUCACAAACACCUUCCUAAUACGUGUGCUCAUCUCGCCACCGUUAAAUGACGCGUGUCCCUUUGACAGCUGUUUUCUUUUUCUACUAACUGAAACGGCUAUCACCUCUCACCUCUCACCUCUCCCCUCUCCCCUCUCCACUUAUAAAAUCCCUUCCCCCUUUUUUCCUCCUUUUCUCUCUUCUUCUCUAUUACCAACAACACCAUCCCCCCCUUCUUCUCUCUUACACUCUUCCCCCUAUUUUUUCUUUUAAUGGCUACCAUCACUGACCGUAUUAAGGGUCCUUGGAGUCCCGAUGAGGAUGAGUUGCUCCGCCGUCUCGUCCAUAACUACGGCCCUAGGAAUUGGUCUCUUAUUAGCAAGUCUAUCCCUGGUCGAUCUGGUAAAUCCUGUCGUCUUAGGUGGUGUAAUCAGCUUUCCCCUGAAGUCGAGCACCGUCCCUUCACUUCUGAUGAAGAUGAUACUAUUAUCCAGGCUCACUCUAGAUUUGGUAACAAGUGGGCCACCAUUGCUCGUCUUCUUAAUGGUCGCACCGACAACGCUAUCAAAAACCACUGGAACUCUACUCUCAAGCGUAAAUCUUCAUCCUCUGCCCCUGAAGAUGACCAUCCUCUUAAGAGAUCCACCAGUGCUUCUGCCCCCCCUUUGUAUUUUAAUCCCAGUAGUCCAUCUGGCUCCGACUUGAGCGAUUCUAGUCUCUCUGGAAUGUCUUCUUCCCAGGUCUGUAAGCCUUUCCCGCCCGUUCCACCUCUGAUUUCUCAUUCAAAUCAUCCCCCCAUGGACACAACCUCCAUCGAUCCUCCCACCUCUCUCACGCUCUCUCUCCCUGGAUCCGACUCCGGUGACGCACCUAAACAUAUGUCCGAAGCCAAUCGGAUUGAGAAGCAGUUCUUCAGUGCGGAGUUCUUGGGUGUGAUGCAAGAAAUGAUUAGAAAAGAAGUGCAGAGCUACAUGUCUGGGAUGGAACAGAAUGGACUGUGUUUGCAGACGGAGGCUAUCACCAACGCAGUCGUAAAACGGAUUGGAAUAAGAAAGAUCGAUUAGAAAUUAGAUGACGAAGAAGUCAUCGGCUUUCCUUACGCCGCUGCUCCAAUCUCUUGAAGACUUCACCUUUUUCUGUUUAUUAUUUUUUUUCUUUUUUUUUUCUUUUCUCCUUCUCCCCAUCCCCAAAACUAUAGACGAGAAUAAAUUUUGGUAGUGUACAUAAGGAAGAACAAUCAAAUUGGGGGUCUGUGGGUUGAACAACGUAGACAAGAACUUCAAAUAUAUAUAUAUAUAUAUAUCGUAUAUGAAUGAUAGAACUUAGAUCAUCAGUUCAAGAGGGUGAUCUUUUGGCAUGUUUAUGCAAAA